GCAGGAGGGAGUGCAGAGGGAGGUUCCCACACACAGCUCUGCCUGUCUGCCUGUGCCUUUUCUCUAAAAAGUGUACUGGGGUUGAAACUGAAACAGGGCAAGACUUGUAAAAGGAGUGCAGUCUCUGCCUCUCUCUCAUUCUCAUGGUUUCCUGUUUACGGAGGCCAUUUUGUUACUCAGCUUUUGGAGUAGAACACAACAAAGUUGGCUGCUUUUAUUUUUCUUUGUUUCCUUUUUUUUUUUUAACCCUCUCCUGAUUUUACGACAGGGGAGUUUCAUAACCAAGUUUGGACUUACCCCUCUCUGCAGAGCGACGUCUUUGGACUAAAGAGUUGAAGGCGUGAGAAGGUGGAGCAGGCGAGAGCACAGUUUUGUCCCUCGCUGUGUUUUUUCCCUCUCACACACACUCUGCUCAUGGCACUUCAUGCUCAGACGGUUAAAGACGUCUGACAACAAGAAAGAAGUGUCAGAGAGGAGUUAAAAGGACUUCCUGGAUGAGGAUUUCUGCCUUGAUCCUCUGGAAGGGGGUUCAACUCCAGGCUUGUCUGCUCAGUGUGGGUGUCUGCUUCCUCUGCUCCACUCGGACAGUUUGAAUGAGUGUAACUCUGCUGGGAACCGCACACAGCACCUGGAAGUGGACCUGUGCAUGCUUCAGGCAGCCAGCAGACCAGAGCCUGCACUCCAAAUGGCUAAUGCCAGCCCCUGUUUGACCCCAGGGGUAGCCCCUCAGGCCUUUUUUUCUCCAGGGAGCCCCUUGCCACCAAGCCCUCCUUUACCAAUGCCACCAAUGGUUGGGUUUCCCAUAACUGACAUGGUGCCAGGGCAGUGCUCUGAUGAGUCUGUGAUGCCCUCGCUGCCUCCUGCCCCACCAGGGGUGUCCUUCAUCAUCCAGAUUGGUCUGACCAGAGAAUCUGUCCUGAUGCCCCAGAGUGCUGAUCUGGCUUACGUGAAGCAAAUUGCCUGUUCCAUCGUUGACACAAAGUUCCCGGAGUGUGGCUUUUAUGGCAUUUAUGACAAGAUUUUGCUUUUCAAGCAUGACACAACCACCAACAACAUUCUACAGAUGGUCAAAGCAACAAGCGACAUUCAGGAGGGAGACCUGGUGGAGGUUGUGCUCUCAGCGGCUACCACGUUUGAAGAUUUCCAGAUUAGGCCCCAUGCACUCAACGUGCAUUCCUAUCGGGCCCCAGCCUUUUGUGAUCACUGUGGAGAGAUGCUGUUCGGUUUGGUCAGACAAGGGCUUAAAUGUGAUGGAUGUGGACUUAAUUACCACAAGCGGUGUGCAUUCAGCAUCCCAAACAACUGCAGUGGAGCUCGGAAGCGACGUCUCUCUACCACUUCUCUGAGCAGUAGUCAGUCCAUGCGACUCUCCAACACUGACUCAGUGAACAGUAGCGGGAUGGCUUCCACCUGCGGAGAAGACGCCAGCCUCAUUCGUUCCAACACACAAAUGCCACGAACUCCCAGUGAAGCACGGCGCUUCUACACAGGCCGACCGGUUCAUCUGGACAAGAUGCUGAUGAGCAAGGUGAAGGUGCCGCACACUUUUGCGGUUCACUCGUACACCCGGCCGACUGUGUGCCAGUACUGUAAGAGGCUUCUCAGAGGGCUCUUUAGACAGGGUCUCCAGUGCAAAGACUGCAAGUUCAACUGCCAUAAACGCUGUGUGUACAAGGUUCCCAAUGACUGUCUCGGGGAGACUAUUGGAGAUAACAAAAGUAACUGUGAUACGAUGAGUCCCACUGCAGACCCUGAAGUACCCAUGGACUACACCAGCGAGUAUGACACGUCAGACAAGUCUUUAAUGGACGACUCAGAUGAGACCUGCAGCAUCCCGGGAUCAUUUUCCCCUGAUAACAACCAAGAUGGAACUAGUGGAGACCAAAGUGUUUACAUUCCACUAAUGAGGGUGGUGCAGUCGGUGAGACAGACCACGAGGCGGUCCAGCACAGCAAUCAAGGAAGGAUGGAUGGUUCACUACACUAAUAAGGACACACUGAGGAAGAGGCACUACUGGCGUCUGGACUGUAAGUGCAUCAUCCUCUUCCAGAACAAUAACUCAAACAAAUAUUACAAGGAGAUUCCCUUGUCUGAAAUUCUGGAGGUGCACCCUGCAAGUGACUUCACAAUUGCCCCACAAGGCACCAACCCUCACUGCUUCGAGCUCAUCACAGGCACAGUGCGCUACUUUGUUGGAGAGGUCACACAGUCAUCUGUGGCUCCAAGCCACCCUCAGAUUCCUCCACAGACGCCACCGUCCCCCAGCCAGGUGGCGCCCAACAGCGGGAUUGGGCUUGAGGUAGCAAAGUCGUGGGAGGGGGUCAUUCGCCAGGCCCUCAUGCCAGUCAUUUUUCAGGAUGCACCACCGGCUCAGGGAAACACGCCACACAGACAAGCCUCCAUCAGCAUAUCUGUGUCCAACAGUCAAAUCCAAGAGAACGUGGAUAUUGGCACGGUUUACCAGAUUUUUGCUGAUGAGGUGCUGGGAUCUGGGCAGUUUGGAGUGGUUUAUGGAGGGAAGCACAGAAAGACAGGAAGAGAUGUGGCUGUCAAAGUCAUAGAUAAGCUUCGAUUUCCCACCAAGCAAGAAAGCCAGCUGAGAAAUGAAGUGGCCAUCCUGCAGAGUUUACGCCACCUGGGCAUCGUGAACCUGGAGUGCAUGUUUGAAACCCCAGAGAAGGUGUUUGUGGUGAUGGAGAAGCUGCAUGGGGACAUGCUGGAGAUGAUCCUCUCCAGUGAGAAAGGCAGAUUGCCUGAAAGACUCACUAAAUUUCUCAUCACACAGAUUCUCUUAGCCCUCAGGCACCUGCACUUCAAGAAUAUCGUUCAUUGUGAUCUAAAACCUGAGAAUGUCCUGCUCGCUUCUGCAGAUCCUUUCCCACAGGUCAAGUUGUGCGACUUUGGUUUUGCUCGCAUUAUUGGCGAGAAAUCUUUCCGUCGCUCUGUGGUGGGCACACCCGCCUACUUGGCCCCAGAGGUCCUGCUGAACCAGGGCUACAACCGCUCAUUAGACAUGUGGUCAGUGGGGGUCAUAAUGUACGUCAGCCUCAGUGGUACAUUCCCCUUUAAUGAAGAUGAAGACAUCAACGACCAGAUCCACAAUGCAGCCUUCAUGUACCCUCCCAACCCCUGGAAGCAGAUCUCCAAAGAUGCAAUCGACUUGAUCAACAAUCUGCUGCAAGUGAAGAUGAGGAAGCGCUACAGUGUAGACAAAAGUCUCAGUCACACGUAUUUACAGGACUACCAGACGUGGCUGGACUUGCGACAGCUGGAGACCAAACUUGGAGAGCGUUACAUCACCCACGAGAGCGAUGACAGCCGUUGGCAGUUGUAUGCCCAAGAGCAAAACAUGCCCUAUCCUACUCACCUUGUUCCCCCUCCUACUGCUGAGGAAGGUGGGGAUGAUGCAGAUGUGCAAGGCCUCACAGACAGGGUCAGCAUUCUCUGAACACAGAGAGACCAAGGACUCAUUCAGAAAGGAAGUAGAGGAUUACUAUGGUUUACCUUGAGACACAGAAACAAGGAGUGGCAGAACCAUUGGAUUGUAGUAAGAAUUUUGCAGAGCUGUUUAGGCACCCUAGGCUGAAAAUCUGCUUUGUGCCACUUUUAUAUUAUAAAUCCAAUUUCUUUUCGGCAAUCUAAAAGUCCUCAGAAUGUCUUUCAACCAUUUACCUCGCCUGUUACAGCUCGCCUUUUAUCUUUUGAACAGCCUGACUUUAUAUGGGAUCUUUUCUUUCCAUGGACUGGCAGUUUUUCCCCCAAAAGAAAAUGAAGUUGAACUUCAUAUUUGUGUUUUUCACGAGAAAGCAAGGGUGGUGUGUUCACUUCCUCUAACUGUGAUAUGCCUCUUUAGGUGAAGCUUGAAACAGCAGCUCACUACAAACCACAAAAAGAGCUGUGGGUGUCUCUUCUCUACAUGCAAUAGACUAGACACAUGAAAGCUCUUGUGGGCUGAUUACAAUUGCAGGCUUUCUUACUGUUUGCUGUCAAUACACAGCUCUGAUAUCCCCCACCACAGGUUUCAAGAGAUGGGGCUCUUUACAAUGACAAGAGAACUCCUUUUUAUAUAAGUAAAUGCAUGCAGACAAAGCCAUCUAUAUUUUCAAAUGCAGUCCCGUAAAAUUUUGCCAAAAAAUGCAGCACAAGCUUCUUCUCCAGUUAUUUGUCCUAAGUUGUAGCAACGUAGAUUCCUUGAUAAAUGUAAGUUAUCAAAGAUGAAACUGGGGCGUUAACAUUAACAUUUUUGUUUUCAAAACAGUUUUGCCUAUAGAUAUAAAAUCAUAGAUGUUUCAGGCUGGUGACAGUGACUUCUAUUGUGCUGAAGGUGCUAACUUCUUCCCAAGUUAGACAUUAAGUAUUUCACUGAAACACACAUCUUUAACUGUUUCAAAUUUGUUUGUACUGCAGACUUCAUCUUACCUUCCUCUCGGGAUCGCAUGGCUUAAACGCACAGCUUGGAAUUGCUAAAGUAGAUGCUUUUUUGUUUUUGUUUAGUAAUGUUCCUUAUAGUGUCAGAAUGCAUGUUUCCAUGAAGCAAAACUUUCUAGAUAGGUCAUUCAGCAUUGAGUUUGUUAUGUUAUUCCAUUAUAAAAAUAUGUAACCCGAAAUGUGUGUACUUAUCAAAAUGUUUAGAUUGUGUUCAACAAGUUUGAUGGAUGACCCUGACCUUUACAGCAGAUAAUACAAACUUUCAACACUUC